AUGGGACUUUUGGAUAUGGACUUAUUUGCUGACUUUAAACGUAUGAACAAAAGACAGGUAUACUAUCAGGUGUUAACCAUUGCUAUGGUUGUAGCGUCUGCCCUAAUGAUCUGGAAGCUUUUAGUAGUUAUUAGCUAUAGCGAAAGUCCUUUAGUAGUUGUCUUAAGUGGCAGUAUGGAGCCUGCAUUCCACCGGGGUGAUGUGUUGUAUCUAACUAAUUAUCCUGAUGAGCCCAUCCGAGUUGGUGACAUCGUUGUAUUCAAAAUUGAAGGGAGAGAAAUUCCUAUUGUUCAUCGCGUUCUGAGACUGCACGAAAAUGUCAACGGUACCAUCAAGUUUCUCACAAAGGGAGACAAUAAUCCUGUUCAUGAUCGUGGUUUGUAUGCUCCUGGUCAAGAUUGGCUGACACCAUCCCAUCUUAUUGGACGAGCUAGAGGAUUCAUACCUUAUGUUGGUCAAAUCACCAUACUUAUGAAUGAAAAUCCCCGUCUUAAAUACUCUGUCUUAGGCGUUAUGGGUAUCUACUUAUUAUUGAAUAGAAAUCAAGAGUAAUAAAACUUGUACAAAUGUACAGAAACAUUAUAUAUAUAAGUUUUAAUUCCUAUGUAACCAUAGUCACUUUUUUAUUUUAUGAAAACUAACCACUGAUCGUGUUGUUGUUCAACUGCUAAUGACAAGUCAGACGCCUUUUUAGUCAAGUGAUUUGUACUUCCUUUUUGUUGCUACUGUUAUUGUUGUUUUGUUUUUUUUACUUCUAACCGUGAUGCUUAUUGUCGAUGUGUUUGAAGUUAAUUUCAGGUUUAUUAUUUUUCCAAACAAAGCGCUAUCUCUCUGGGGGUGGAGGUAUUUUUUUCAUCGUCUUUCUCUUUAACCUCUGGCGACCUUUAAUUAUUCAAGCUAACGUCCAUAGAUAUGAGGCGAUAACUGAGCAGUAAUAAUGGUGCUCAAUUUUCGGCCAACUUGAUCACGGUUUCAAAUUGUGCACUCAACUUCUUCAGUUAAAGUAACUAGGUCGUAUCAUAUUAGCCUUCAUAUACUUAGAGUGUUGUUCAAAGCCAAGCAUACGAAUCUAUACUUCCUAGUAAAUGAGUCAGUCUGUACCUUAUAGAUAAGUUUUAAUUUCAGUAAGUGAUUUCUAUAAAUCUGGUAUCCGUUAAAUUCCAUCCAUCCAUUCAUUCAAAUACCUGGGAAGCAUAAUUGACGAACAAGGAGGUUCAUAUGCAGACGUAAAGGCGAGGAUUGGCAAAGCAAGGGUCGCAUUCCUAC